CAAAGAUAAAAUUGGGCAGUGCUAAUCAAGCCGUCGUGAUGUGCGCGUGUAAGCAAAAAAAGUCUUUCUUCAUAGAGGACAUACUGAAGGAUGUCAAGAAGAGGCCCUACAAGAACCUGAGCCAUGAGCCGACGCAGCCGCUGAGGUGCAGCAGCGCCAAGCCCGCGGAGAUCACCAAGGUAGAGGAACCUACAUGUGACGAAGCCCCCACUGAGAAACUCAGCAAAAUCGACGUCAGAUUCGAUGUACCUAAGGACCUAGAACUAGCCAAAGUGAAUCUUGAGCAGAGACGGAACACAUACCCUCUGUACCCCACUCCUAUCAAAGCGAACCUGUCCAUGUCCCCCUCAGUGACGUGGCCGCAGUACAGGGGCAAGGAGACGGGGGGCUUCCUCGAGAGACCGCCCUUCAGCUACUACAGUGACCCGAUGCUGAACUCCAACCAGAUACUGAGAAGCCAGCUCGCAGCAAACAGAUUCCUCCCGCACCCCUUCACUAUACGACAAGCUUACGGCUUCGACAGAGUACCCCCGGGUUGCUGCAACCCGUGGUGGGGCCUGGGCGGGCGGCGGAAGGGCGGGCAGGUGCGCUUCACGGCCGCGCAGACCGGUGCGCUGGAGAGGCGGUUCAGCGCCAGCAAGUACCUCAGCCCGGACGAGAGGCGAGCACUAGCUAGCACACUCAGGCUUAGUGAUAGACAGGUUAAAACCUGGUUCCAAAACCGUCGCGCCAAGUGGCGGCGGACAGCGCCGGACUCCGCAGACACCGGCAGCCCCCCCACAGCCGACGAGGGCUCUGAUGAUGAAGUCCACAUCGCCGAUGAUGAGUGACGGUGAUCAGAGCAAUAAAUAUGAUGAGCAUCACGUGAUAA